AUGCAUCACCACAACCAGCCUCCUGCAGCUCAGGCCUGGACUGGAAACAGAAAGGCCAUAGGACAUGAAAAUGCCCUUGCCUCUACUGCUGACAUUAUGCUGUCUAAUACGGGCAAGCAGGGCACAAAAGAAAGGACUGUUGAUCCUUGCGAUAACAGGGUAAGAAGGCCCUACAGAAAUUCCUGCUCCACAGAGGAGUCUGUCAGGACCUUGUCUAAUCACAGUUAUGUAUUUGCCUACAGUUUCUCUGAGUGUUAUGUCAGAAUCAAAGAAGAGUUUCACCAUGAAGGAGAUGUGGUCAUUGGUGUAUUUUUCCCAGUUCAUACUAUCUACACAAGCAACAAAGUUCCACAUCCUAAUCUGCCAUACUAUUUCACCGACGUUCGCAUACAGUAUAAUUUUAAAAUAUAUGAGUUGGUUCUGUCCCUGGUGUUUGCCAUUGAGGAGAUCAACAGGAACCCUCAUCUUUUACCAAACAUAUCUCUGGGAUUUGAUUUUUAUAAUGUCCCAUACAGUGAGAAAAACAUUCUUAUGAAUCCCCUUAUUUGGCUCACAGGCCUGAGUAAUCCCUACUGUAAUUAUAACUGUGUAAAGGAGAGAAAGGCAGCUGCUGCACUAACAGGACCAUCAUGGGCAAAAUCUGCUCAUAUUGAGACACUGCUUCAGCUCUACAAAUUUCCACAACUCACAGUUGGUCCUUUUGAUCCUAUCUUCAGUGACCGAGGUCAGUUUACUUCUCUCUAUCAGAUGGCCCCUAAAGGCACAUCUCUGUCUCUUGCCAUGGUCUCUCUGAUUGUUCAUUUUGGCUGGAACUGGGUUGGUUUACUUAUUCCAGAUGACCACAGAGGGACUCAGUUUCUUUCAGAUAUCAGAGAAAAGAUGGAGAAUAAUCAAGUCUGCGUAGCUUUUGUUGAAAUGAUUCAAAGCUCCUGGAAUUCAUUUUCAUACAAAUACUGGAAAAGUCUUGGCAUGGUCCAGGAAUCAUCUGCCAAUAUCAUCAUCAUUUAUGGUGACAAUGAUUCACUACAAGGUUUAAUGCGAAAUCUAGGGCAACAGAUUUUGACAAUGAAAGUUUGGCUCAUGACCUCUGAAUGGGACCUUACUAAUAUUGCUGAUUUUUUCUUGCUAGAUUCAUUCCAUGGAAGUCUCAUUUUUUCACAACACCAUGAGCAGGUCAUUGAAUUUAAAAAUUUUAUACAAACAGUUAAUCCUUAUAAAUACCCAGAAGACAAUUACCUUCCUAAAUUGUGGAUUAUGUUCUUCAAGUGCUCAUUUUCAGAGCUGGAUUGUCAUCUUUUAGAGAACUGCCAACCCAAUGCCUCCUUGGAAUUCCUGCCUAGAUACAUUUUUGACACUGCAAUGAAUGAAGACAGCUACAACACAUACAAGGCUGUCUAUACUGUGGCCCACAGUCUCCAUGAGAUGAUUCUUCAGCAAGUACAAAUGCAACCAUUAGGAAAUGGGGAAAGAAUGGUUUUCGCACCCUGGCAGAUUCAUCCUUUCUUGAGGAAUAUCCAUGUGGGAGCCAACAUGGCUUUAGAAUUGAAACAGAAGUUACAUGAUAAUAAGUAUGAUAUUCUCAACUUUUGGAAUUUUCCGAAGGGUCUAGGGCGAAAAGUGAAAGUUGGAAUAUUUUCACCCAAUGUUCCCCAGGGUCAACAGUUGUCUUUGUCUCAGCAGAUGGUACAAUGGCCAAAAAGAUACUCAGAGAGGUAUGGGAGUCCUUUAUGCUCAGGAGAUAUGGAAAAGUGCAUGAAGUGUCCAGAAAGUCACUAUGCAAACACAGAGAAGAAACACUGCCUCCAGAAAGCUGUGAGUUUUCUCGACCAUAAGGACCCCUUGGGGAUGUCUCUCACAACCAUAGCUCUGUGCUUCUCUAUACUCACAGCUGUGGUUCUUGCACUAUUUAUGAAGCACAGAGACACUCCAAUUGUCAAGGCUAAUAAUAGGACACUCAGUUACAUGUUGCUGAUCACACUCACUCUCUGUUUCCUAUGUUCCUUGUUCUUCAUUGGCCGUCCCAACACCACAACCUGUAUCCUGCAGCAGAUCACCUUUGGAGGUGCUUUCACUGUGGCUCUUGCCACUGUGUUGGCCAAAGCUAUCACUGUGAUUAUUGCCUUCAAGGUCACGUUUCCAAAUAAAGUGGUGAGGUGGUUAAUAAUAUCAAAGGCUCCAAACCUUAUAAUCCCCAUAUGUACUCUUGUCCACCUUGUCCUCUGUGGAAUCUGGCUGGGAACCUCUCCUCCCUUCCUGGACAAAGAUGCUCAUGCUGAACAUGGACAUAUCAUCCUUGUGUGUAACAAGGGCUCAGAUUUUGCCUUCCAUGGUAUACUGGGAUACCUCUGCUCCUUGGCACUUGGAAGUUACAUUACGGCUUUCUUGUCCCGGAAUCUGCCAGACACAUUCAAUGAAGCCAAGUUCCUAUCAUUCAGCAUGCUGGUGUUCUUCUGUGUCUGGGUCACAUUCCUCCCUGUCUACCACAGCACGAAGGGGAAAGUCAUGGUGGCUAUGGAAGUCUUCUCUAUCUUGGCUUCUAGUGCAGCCCUCCUUGGCUUCAUUUUUGUCCCUAAGUGCUAUAUUAUCUUAAUAAGGCCAGAUAAGAACUCAAUUCAACAUAUUAGGAAUAGGCCACAUUCUAGAAGAAAUAACCAUCUCAAAAACUAG